AUGAGAGAGGCAGAUAGAUGGAUUGAGGGUGGUGUUCUCGCCCGCCUCCUCCCUCCUUCUCCCCCUGCCUCUACCUAUGACAAAGGUAUCGACACCCUUACCAUCUCGGGUGGUGGUGAUGGUGGUGGUGGUGGUGGUGCAUACUUCAUGGACGAUCCGACCCUCAUCCACCAGCCUGCACGAGGUAUUCCUGAGGCUCUUCAGCAUCACACGUCGUCAACAGGCUCAUGUGCUACCAUCAUGAGCAGCAGCCAUGACUCCGAAUUGAUUGGCAACGCGACCGGCCUCGCCGUGAUCGGACUCUGUUCAUUGCCAGCCGUGUCUAGCUUCAUCAUACAGCUCCGCAAGCGAGAGCGGAGGAGCACCCUCAUCUACGAAGAUCCAGAUGGCCAAAGCACUCCCGAGGCCGUCAAGGCCUUCUCGAACAAGAGCGCCAAGGCCAUCAUAGUCUUGCUCGCCGUGGCUGGUCUCUUUGCCCGCCUUGCCCAUGCCGUCGUAGCAACUGGCUACUUGGUACAAAACUGGGCCAGCGAAGCAGCUUGGUUCUUCCUAGUCCUCCAGGCAGUCUUUAUCGCCUCGACGAGGCACCCAGUCACGAGCUACAACCUCGGUUUGUACUUGUUCCUAUCUGCCACCAUUCUUGCCAUUGGUGUGAUUGUACAGGGCACUCGCCUUGCAGAAGAACUGCUGCAUACGUCCCCAUUCCUAUUUGCGUUGCGCAUCAUCGAAUUGGUUGCAGUUCUGGCUCUGGCCUGCGCCAGCCUUGCCAUCCCCCGGCGCCCUAAUGUGUACUACAAUGGCAAGCUCGUCGACACCAUGUACACAGUCUCGGCCUUCACUCGUUUCAACUUUAGCUGGCCAAGCGGCAUCUUGUCCCUGGCCAGGAAGAAGAAGAACCUGGAUAUGGAAGAUCUCCCGCGCCCAGACCAUUACAGCCGCGCCCGAGACGUCUCGAGGUACUGGAAGACGCACCAAUUCUCCUCCCAUAGACUAUGGCUAUCUGUUCUGAAGGCACACUGGGUCGUGUUCACUAUACAAUGGGUCCUGACUCUCGGAACCGCGUUCCUCAACUUUGCCCCUCAGUGGGUGACUCUUCAACUUCUCAGAAUCCUUGAGAGCAGGCAUGCCGGCGAUACCUACGGCGUCGACGUAUGGGCCUGGGCCUUCUGGCUCGGAGUUUCCAUCGUUGCCCAGGCAUGGCUCGAAAACUACGGCUUUUGGAUCUCUUGGGCCGAGUUGUCUGUUCCAAUUCGCGCUCAGCUAUCGACCUUGAUCUUCGAGAAAGCCAUGCGCAAGAAGGAUGUCAAGGGCACGGGAGCUUCAUCGCAGAAGGAAAGCGUCACCGAUGACGCUGAGGCUGCUGUCGCCGAAAUUGCCGGAGAAUCGACCGCCAACGAUCGUCCAGAAGUGCCCGCUCAAGAAGAGGCCGACAUUGAUGAUGAUGAGGCGGUCAAGAAAGGGAAGCAGCAGACUGUCAACUUGAUUGGCGUCGACAGCAAGCGAGUGGCCGAUUUCUGUGCGUACCAGCAGAUGUUUCCCGGCAGCGUGUUUAGGCUUGUCAUUUCCAUUGGUUUCCUCGCCAGCCUCUUGGGCUGGCCGGCUUUGUUGGCCGGUCUUGCUUCCAUGCUGGCAAUCAUGCCGGUCAACAUCUUCUUCUCCAAAAAAUACGCUGCAGCUCAGGACAGGUUGAUGAAGAUCCGCGACGACAAACUCGAGGUCGUCACAGAAGCGUUGCAGGGCAUCCGGCAGAUCAAAUUCUCUGCUUUGGAGCCCGAGUGGGAGAAGAAGAUUGGUGACGUGCGAGAGAAAGAGCUCGGGAGUGUUUGGGAUGUCUUUCUUGCCGACACUGCCCUUCUCUUCUGCUGGGUGACCAGUCCUAUCGCGCUAUCUGCCAUCUCUCUCGCUGUCUACGCUGCGCUCUACGGCCAGUUGAUUCCGUCGGUGGCUUUUGUCAGCCUGGGAGUGUUUCGAUCACUCGAGGUGACCUUGUCCGUCGUCCCCGAACUCACCACUGAUUUGCUCGACGCUUGGACAUCGAUCAACCGCAUUGAGCACUACCUCACCAGCUCCGAUAUCGAACACGUUGCGAAGAAUGGACCUGAAGUCGCAUUCGAGAAUGCUUCCAUCGCCUGGCCCGCGGAUCAAGAGAUUGAUGAUAGCGAGCGCUUCGUGCUGCGAGAUGUGACCGUGACUUUCCCCAAAGGAGAACUGUCUGUCAUUUCUGGCAAGACUGGCACCGGAAAGAGCUUGGUGUUGUCGGCGAUCCUUGGUGAGGUUGACGUCUUAUCAGGCAGUCUUACUGUUCCCCAGCCACCCUCGCCUGCGGAGCGCCAUGAUAACAAGGCCACGAAGGGCAACUGGAUCAUCCCCAAUUCAAUUGCAUAUGUUGCACAGAUCCCCUGGAUUGAGAACGCAAGUAUCAAGGACAACAUUGUUUUCGGCCUUCCAUACGAUCCCGCGCGGUAUGAGCAGACAAUCGAGGUCUGCGCCCUUAAGAAGGAUCUCGAGAUGCUAUCCGACGGAGAGGAUACCGAAAUCGGCGCCAAUGGCAUCAACCUCAGCGGCGGCCAGAAAUGGCGCAUCACGCUCGCCAGAGCAAUCUACUCUAGAGCCGGUAUUCUUGUCAUGGACGACAUUUUCAGCGCUGUCGAUGCGCAUGUCGGAAAGCACAUCUUUGAUAAGUGUCUCAACGGCGAGCUUGCAGCAGGGAGAACCAGGAUACUCGUCACCCACCAUGUCGCCUUGUGCGAGAAAAAGACAAAGUAUUUGGUUGAGCUUGGUGACGGACGUGUCCUGCACGCAGGGCUGCUCUCUGAGCUGGAGGAAGAUGGCACUCUUGAGCACAUCAAGAGCCAUGAGCAGACAGAGGAAGAGAUUCGGGAGGACGAGACUGCUGCUGCCACCGCCGUGAACUCGGACGACUCCGCGGAUGAUGAGGAAGAGCAUGCAAACGGGGACACUCUCAAGAAGGUUUCAUCGAGGUCCCAAGCCCGGAAGUUUGUCGAAGAGGAGAAGCGCGAAGAGGGAGCCGUGAAACAGCAGAUUUACACCACCUAUUUGAAGGACAGUGGCGGCUGGUCGUACUGGCUCCUUGCUAUCACUAUUUUUGUAGUGGUGCAAGGAUUCACAAUCGGCCGUUCUUGGUGGAUCCGUCUGUGGGCAUCGGCAAGCGAAGGCAAUGAAGCCUUGGCUGUUUCCAGCGUCAAUGGCUCCUCGGGUGCCAUGAGCUCGUUCACUUACAUCUACAGUCUACAGCACUCUGCCUUGGGCCCCGCGACCUCGAAUCUCGCCGCUGCGGCGCAAGAAAACAAUGUCGUCUACUACCUGAGUGUGUACGUCGGCCUUGCUGCCAUUUCAGCCUUCAUCGGCACGUACAAGUACUUCUACAUCUACCUCGGCUCCAUCCGUGCGAGUCGCUCUCUUUUUGCGAAGCUCAACUUCGUCGUCCUGAGAGCACCGUUGCGAUGGCUGGACACUGUGCCGCUUGGCCGAAUCCUGAACCGCUUCACGGCAGACUUCCACAUCAUUGAUUCGCAGUUGGCCAACUCACUGUCCUUUGGCGGCGGCUCUUUCAUCUCGCUCCUUGGGGUCAUUGUCGCUGGACUAUUUGUCUCUCCGUACAUUACUCUCUUGUCUCUGGUGCUGCUCCUUGUGUGCGUCAGGUACGCCCUUCUCUACCUCAACGGCGCGCGCCCUGUCAAGCGUCUCGAGAGCAACACCAAGUCGCCCGUCUUCGAGCAGUUCGGCUCUGCUCUAUCUGGUGUCUCAACCAUUCGUGGCUUCGACAAGGCGCAGACAUACAUUGAGCGCAUGUACACCAGGCUCGACGACUGGUCCACGGCGACGUGGCACUUGUGGCUGUUCAACCGAUGGGUCAGCUGGAAGAUGAAUCUCGUUGGGACUGUGUACUCGGUCUUCGUUGCUGUUCUCAUCCUGGCCACCCCUAGUAUGGACGCCGCUCUGGCCGGCUUCGCGCUUGCCUUUGCCCUCGAGUUUGCUAACAGCAUCAUGUGGACCGUUCGGCUGUAUGCCAAUGUGGAAUUGAACAUGAACGCCGCCGAACGCAUCAUCGAGUACACGGAGCUGCCCACCGAGUCUCUCGAGGGCAAGGCCCCGCCCGCCGCGUGGCCGACGCAAGGUCGGAUUGAGGUCGACGACCUGGUUGUCUCGUACGCGCCAGAUCUGCCGCCUGUCCUGAAGGGUUUGACCUUCAACGUCAAUGCCCAAGAGAGGGUUGGUGUCGUCGGACGCACCGGUGCCGGCAAGUCGUCGCUGACCCUAGCUCUCUUCCGUUUCUUGGAAGCUCGGUCGGGUACAAUCUACAUUGACGGGCAGGACAUCUCGAAGAUCAGCCUUCAUGAUCUGCGAUCACGCCUAGCCAUUAUUCCCCAGGACCCGGUCCUCUUUUCGGGCACAGUCCGUUCUAACCUCGACCCAUUUGACCACCACUCCGACGCCGAGCUCCGCGAUUGUCUGGAGCGCGUGCACCUCAUCUCCUCGGGCACGGGCGCCACCACGCCGACGGCACUCACGGCCGGAGACGGGCAGGGAGCCGGCGGCGGCGGCGGCAGCGAGGGCAGCGCCACGCCGACGCGCAAGAACGCCAACGUCUUCGAGGACCUGCAGUCGCCUGUGUCCGAGGGCGGGCUGAACCUGUCGCAGGGCCAGCGGCAGCUGCUGUGCCUGGCGCGGGCCAUCGUCUCGCGCCCGCGCGUCAUGGUGCUCGACGAGGCGACGUCGGCCGUCGACAUGCACACGGACGCGCUGAUCCAGCGGUCCAUCCGCGAGGAGUUCACGGGGUCGACGCUGCUCGUCAUUGCGCACCGGCUGAGCACCAUCGCCGACUUUGACCGCAUCCUGGUGCUGAGCGACGGCCGCGUCGCCGAGUUUGGCACGCCGCGCGAGCUGUGGGAGCUCGAGGUCGGCGAGGACGGCGCCGGCGGGAGGGGCAUCUUCCGGGGCAUGUGCGAGGAGAGCGGCGAGAGGGAGGGGCUGCGGGAGGUUAUUUUCGGAAAGAAGUGA